AUUAAAAUAGUCUUUUCAUCCUUGAAACAUCCCCCAUUUCCUUCUUCAUUUCUCACUGCUUCCGAUUCAGCCAUGGCUUCCACAGACUCACUCCCUGUGAAAACCGCACAGCAGAUGGCCAUGGACGGCGAUCAACCACCUCCCAACUACAUCUUCAACGCCACCACCAGUUACUCCAAAUUUGGACCUUUGGAAACUUCCCCUCCUUUUGCUCCGGUGCCGAUCAUUGAUAUCAGCUGCUUCUUCUCAUCUGCCAAACAAGAUGAUCAACAAACCGAACUUGCUAAACUCAGAUCAGCACUCUCUACCUGGGGUUGUUUUCAGGCUGUGAAUCAUGGUCUUUCAGAUUCAUAUCUAGACAAUGUUCGACAAGUGAUCAAAAAGUUCUUCGAGCUUCCAUUAGAGGAGAAAACAAAAUACUUCAGAGAAACUGGUUCUGUUGAAGGCUAUGGAAACGACAUGACCUACUCCAAAAAUCAAGCUCAAGAUUGGUGUGAUCGUCUUUUCCUUCGGAUUCUUCCGGAAGAUGAAAGAAAACUCCGCUUCUGGCCUCAAAACCCAUCAAAUCUUAGGGAGACCAUUGAUGAGUAUACCAAUAAGAUCAAGUUUAUAUCUGUGGUUAUAUUUGAAGCCAUGGCAAAGUCGUUGGAUUUGGAGGAGAAUAGUUUUUCAAAAUUUUUUAUGGAAGAAAGGGAUGUUCUUCAAGGGAGAUUUAUUUUGUACCCACCAUGUCCGAUGCCUGAUAAAGUUUUUGGUCUGAAAGCUCAUUCAGAUAGAUCAGGGAUUACACUUUUGUUGCAAGAUCCUGGAGUUGAAGGGCUUCAAGUGUUGAAUGAUGGUAAAUGGUUCAUGGUUCCUGUUAUCCGUGAUGCCAUUUUUGUUAAUCUUGGUGACCAAAUGCAGAUAAUGAGCAACGGAAUUUUCAAGAGUCCAGUUCAUAGGGUGGUGACAAACAAGGAGAAAGGACGAAUAUCAGUGGCCAUGUUUACAGAACCCAAUCCAAACAAAGAGAUUAGUCCUGAGGAUGUUUUGGUUGAUGAGAAGAGACCAAGGGUGUACAAAACCGUGAAAAACUAUGCAGUAUUUAACCAUGAAUGCUUUCAGAAAGGCAUUGUUGCUCUUGAUGCUGUAAAACUCUAAAACGUUUCUUGUAG